CAGGAAGUUGCAUCGAAUCUGAUCCCGAGGUGCAUGUUGUAGCCGAUAUGAUCUUGCAGAAAUGUGGUGGGUUGCCCAUUGCAAUUUCGACGGUUGGAACGGCACUGAAAGAUGCAAGCAUUGAAAUUUGGAAUGAUGCCCUUGUGCAACUCGAAAAUGCAUGCCCAGAUAACAUAGAUGGAGUGAUAGAUCAUGUGUAUGGGCCAAUAACGUUCAGUUAUGAGCGUUUACAAGGUGAGGAAGCCAAAUCAUGUUUUUUGCUGUGUUGCAUGUUUGGAGGAAGCGCUGAUAUACGGAUUGAAGAUUUGGUCAUGUAUGGGCUUGGGCUUGAGCUCUUUAAUUUUAAAGGCACUGAUUCAAUGGUUAAAGGAAGAAACCGUGUGAAAUCAUUGGUUCAGACACUCAAAAGUCGCUUUUUAUUGUUAGAGAGCGAUAAGAAAGAGUGUGUGAGAAUGCAUGAUGUGGUGCGUGAUGUUGCCUUACAUAUAGCUUCUGAAGAGUUUGUACAAAAGAAAAAUGAUGGGGUUGAAAAGAGAAUCGUGGUCAGGGACAAAGCAGCAACUGUGAAAUUGAUGGAUUGGCCUAUUUCUGAGCAAUCUGCUAUUUGCAGGUCACUGUUUAUUGGUGGGCGUUUCGUGCUUUUACAGUACAUAUCUGAAGUGGAUCCGCCACACACAAUUUUCAAUAGAAUGGAACAUCUUAAGGUUCUAGCAGUUGGGUCGUGCCCUUCGUUACAACUGUCAUCACUUGCAGUUUUGAGAGACAUUCAAACACUACGUCUAGUGGACUGCAGUGUGGAGGAUGUAUCUGUCAUUGGGGAGCUAAGUACACUCAUGAUACUCAGUUUGCGUGACUGUUCGAACAUCGAGCAAUUGCCUGAUACAUUUAAAAAUUUGUCUAGGUUGAGAUUGCUUGAUUUGUCGGGGUGUAGGGAGCUCAAAAUAAUCUCACCAGGUGUGAUAAAAAGUUUAUUCCGACUAGAAGAACUGUACAUGUGGGAUAGCUUCCAGGAUUGGGUGGUGGAUAAACUAGCCUCCCCCGAAACAGCCAACUGGAUCUCUCAACUGGAGGCUGAGGGAAGAGCUCGGCGAUUCAGAUCUUGGGUACUUAAAACGCUGGACACGUGGAAGAGUCUUAACCGAUCGGCGGUUGAGCAACCAGCAGACGUCGGAAAGCUGUUCAGACAGGAGAUUGGACGUGUGCGUGUACAGGAGGAGAGCACAAGGUGGGCAAACUCCAUGGACUGGAACACUGGGAUACUUGCAGAGCUGCUUUCCUUGUCCCGUUUGACGACAUUAGAAGCUGUUCUACCACCGGUUAAUAUACUUCUAACCAGCCCUCUCUUUAACAACCUCGAAAGAUUUAAGAUCACUAUAGGGUGGGAGGAGCAUAUACGUGCUCGGGAUUCAGAGAAAUAUGGGGUUGAUGACAACUACUUGAGAGUUGGCAAUCUUGAUCCAAGCGCUAUUGUGGGUAGUGGAAUCACUCCGUUCCUAAAGAAAACCAGCAUUAUCGAGUUUCGAAGGACGAAUUCAACUGAGCCUCAACUUAUGAAUGUCUUAGGUACGGUCUGCUUUGCAAAGAUACGGUCUCUUGCACUCACGAGCUGUGAGGAUGUGGAGUAUCUGAUUGACACGACUACUACUCCAAAUAGCAGCAGCAGCAGCGCCAUCUUUCCUCUCUUGAAUGCACUGGAGAUUAGUAAUGCAAUUAGCCUAAAUGAGAUUUUUCACGGUGAACUGCCAACGGGGUCUCUCAAGGAACUGCGAAGUUUGCGAUUCUUUCUUCUACCAGAGUUGGCCUAUAUUUGGAAGACCAACAGGAAAUCUGAAUUAGGUGUCUUGAAAAACAUUCUAGGACAUGUUCAAGUGCUGGACGUAGGACACUGCUCGUCCUUGGAAGGGAUUAUUUCCUUUGAAUCUGAUGAUGAGGAAGUGAUCAACUUCCAGAGUCUGACAGAAUUGUCUCUGUCAAAACUACCGUGCUUCAUUAGGAUAAGCCGAAAGAUAUCUAAGGGGCCGGAAAGACUCAUCAAACAACCUCUGUUCGACACCAAGGUUCAUUUCCCAGUCCUGACUAAACUACGCUUGGGCAACAUGAACUUCAAAGAGAUAUGGAACAACCAACUUUCAGCGGAAUCCUUUUGUGAACUAAAGUAUCUACAUGUGACAGCAUGUAAGAAACUUUUGCAUUUGGUACCAACACAUAUGCAAAAUAGAAUGCAGAAAUUGGAGCGCAUACAUGCAUGGUCAUGUUCUUCACUAGAAGAGAUAUUUGAAUUUAGAAGAUUGAUUGUCGAUGAUGAGGGGGAUGCCACUGCUUUAACAAUUUUUGAGUCAGGAAAUCAAGGGACGCGAAUAAACAAGAUGAUGUCCUUUAAAGAAUCUCGUCAAGCCUUUCAGAAUCUUAGAGAGAUAGUGAUUAAGCGUUGCGACAGUUUGAGAACUCUGCUCUCUCCCUCAGUUGCCAGAGGUCUCGUGAAGCUCCAAACACUAACAAUAGAAAACUGCAAGAGGAUUGAAGAGGUAGUAGCAGUACCAGCUGAGGGUGAAGAAACAGAGGAUGACAACAUGUUCCCUCAGCUGCAAACUUUGGAACUUGAGGAUCUACCAAACCUCGGAAGCUUUUCACAAGGCAUUUAUAAUUUCAAAUGGCCACUAGUGAGAGCCAUAAUUAUCCUCAGAUGCAACAAUAUGAAUAAGUUUUGUUUAGGAACCCUCAGCACACGGAAGAAAGUGGAAAUUUUUGUCAAAGGUGCUGGUGAGAGUGUUUUGCAGCAGCUCAAUAACAGUAGAAAAGAAAUCUGAUCGAUCAGAUUGGAUGCAAACUGUAAAUAUCUCUGUUCGUGGGGAGGGAGAAAUUGAGUAAAUCCGAGAGCUGAAUGCUGGUACGUACAGAUUGUGAUGUUUUGUUUAUGUCUGCAAAGUUGCUGGUACGUACAGCUGGGACUUCAGCCUGAGGUCAGAAUCAGUGACGACAGGUAGUUUAUUUUGUUAGUUCAAACAAAUAAACUGAAACUGCAUUAUAGUUUAUUUUGGACCGAGAACCUUUUGUCAUUUGAGAUUUAAUGCU